UACAGGAAAUCGGUCGCAGCGAAGUCGCAAGUCAAACUAUGAGUGAGAAUCCUCCACCCCAAGCAAAAGAAUCUCAUUUGAAUUGCGAGUGUCAUCCAGCGCCAUCAACCACAUCCGUUGGCUGCCCCCCCACCAAUGUUGUAACCAUACCCGUCCCCAUACUGCAGACGGAGGGCAACUUUGCUUACAUCACCGUCAAGGGCUCCCUCCAUGACUACACCUGCACCAUUUUCGGCCUCAACCAAGCCGAGGUGCAGGCUCUGAGCAAACGCUUCGACAGCGGCGUCAGGGAGUGCGUCAAUGGUAUUAUGGUCGCUGUGCCGCCCAUGGUUAUGUUAAACACCCUCGCACAGCUCAGCUACAAGGUGGUUUGCAGUUGCGGCGAGGCCGAAAUCUGUUGGACCAUGCAGCGUGAGGUUUAGUCUCAAUCAAUUGUGGGAAUUAAACGUGCG